AUGAGCACACCCACUCUACCAAAUCUUUCACAACUUCACGGAAUUCAAAAUCAGUCAUUGCAACAACAACAACAACAACAACCACAACAACAACAACAACCACAACAACAACAACAACAACAACAACCACAGCAAACAAUGCAACAACCAAUCCAAAACUUGCAUCAACAAGCUCCACAAAUGCAACAACCACAAUAUAAUUUACAUACAACUCUUCCACCACCAUUGAUGAAUCCAAAUGGUUUAGGAUUAAUGGGUCAUAAUAUGAUGGGAGGUGGUAAUAAUGGAAACAAUAGCGGUAAUAAUAAUGGUCAACCACAAAUGCAUGGAACCAAUUUAAAUGGUUUAAGUUUAGCAAUUCAAAAUCAAUCAUCAUUACCACAACCAAUAAAUAAUAAUAAUAACAAUAACAAUAAUAAUAGCAAUAUUAAUAAUAAUAAUAAUAAUAGUAACAACAACAAUAAUAAUAAUAAUAGUAAUUUGGGUAUUAAUUCAUCACCAACUCAAUCAUCAGCAAAUUCAGCAGAUAAGAGAUCAAGAGGUCGUCCACGUAAAAACCCACCAUCAGAACCAAAAGAUACCAGUGGUCCAAAGAGAAAGAGAGGUAGACCACCAAAGAUGGAUGAAGAAGGUAAUCCACAACCAAAACCAGUACCACAACCAGGAAGCAAUAAAAAGAGAGGUAGACCCAAGAAACCAAAGGAUGAGAAUGAAUCUGAUUAUAAUAAUACAUCAUUUUCCGAUAGUAACACAGAUGGUACACCUAAAAAGAGAGGUAGACCACCAAAGGCAAAAGGUGAUAGUCCAUCUGCUUCUCCUACUCAUAAUACACUUGGUAAUGGUAUUUUAAACAGCAACAAUAAUAAUAAUAAUAAUAAUAAUAACAGCAACAUCAACAACAUCAACAACAACAACAACAACAACAGCAACAAUAACAAUAACAGCAGCAACAAUAACAACAACAACAACAACAGCACCAACAAUAAUACCAACAACAAUAACAAUAAUACCAACAACAAUACCAAUAAUAAUAAUAAUAAUAUUAAUAACAAUAAUAAUAACACCAACAACAAUAAUAACAAUGCCAAUAACCAAAAUACCAACAACAAUAAUAUGGGUAAUAAUUCAAAUAAUAAUAAUAAUCCAAAUAAUAAUAAUCAUCAAAAUAAUAAUAAUAAUAACACCAGUAACAAUAGUAAUACAACAACAGCAACCACAACCGCACCUGGUGGCAACAAUCUUACAAAUAGUUUAAAUAAUGCUGGUAAUUUAGGUAAUCUAGGAAGAGUCUCAGGACUUCACUCAAGCGAUCCAAAUAAUCCAAAUGCCCAAAAAUCAUUCCCAGAUUCAACCAACACUAUGGAUUUCCAACCAAACUUUUCUUUUUUCCAUUAA